AGACUAGCGUAAGCAAAUUCCACUUAGAAAUCAUCGAGAGAGAGAUUGAGAGAGAAAAGAGAGAGAAAUGGGAAAAGCACGUACGGUGGGCGUGGGAAUGGACUAUUCUCCGACGAGCAAAUCGGCUCUCCGUUGGACGGCGGAGAAUCUCCUAGAAGAUGGCGACACCGUCAUCUUGAUUCAUGUUCAACCUCAAAACGCCGAUCACACCCGCAAAAUCCUAUUUGAGGAAACCGGUUCACCGUUAGUUCCUUUGGAGGAAUUUCGAGAGGUUAAUUUCUCUAAACAGUAUGGACUUGCUUAUGAUCCGGAGGUUCUUGAUGUUCUUGAUACACUCUCUAGGGCUAAAAAGGUUAAGGUGGUGGCAAAAGUGUAUUGGGGGGAUCCAAGGGAGAAGCUUUGCGAUGCUGUCCAAAAUCUAAAACUCGAUUCCAUUGUUCUUGGCAGUCGAGGUUUGGGUUCUCUGAAAAGGAUCUUGCUGGGUAGUGUGAGCAAUCAUGUGGUGACAAAUGCAACAUGUCCAGUCACAGUUGUUAAGGCCAAUUAACUAAAGUCUAUUGUUCUUUAAAGCUUGGACCGUAGUAGUUACGACUUAUGUGUGGUGUUAAUGCAUUAGUCUAUCAAGAAAUUAAAGUAAAAUGAUAUUUGUUGUUAUAAUUUCUUACUUUUUAUUUUGAUGAAAGAAAAAACAGAACACAGAAAUAAAUUUCUUUUAUAAUA